UGAUUUCCCAGGAAGAUGAAAGUAACGUCCUCGGGCUGCAGAGCCGGAAACGCGCAGCCUGGGCCCCGGGGCUCAACCCUCGGCCCUCAGCCCUCAGCCCUCGGCCCUCAGCACUCGACCGACCCUCGGCCCGCGGCCCUCGACGCUCCACCCUGGGUCCUGACCCAAGACCCUCGGCCCUCGCCACGUGAGCCCCGUACCUCGACCUCCCUCGACCCUCGAAUCUCGACCCUCGAACCUCGACCCUCGACCCUCGACCCUCGAUCCUCAGGGCCGGCAGGCACCGGCGCCCGGAGGGCAGGGGGCCCGAGGGGCGUGUCUCUGGCGAGGUCCCGCCUCCCGCAUGCGCACUGGGCCAGCCCCUCAGCUCAGCGACGCUCCCGCGCAGGCGAGGCUGACUGGCUCCUCUCAGUCAGUCGCGAGGCCCUCAGAGGAGCCUGGUCGUCGCCGCGGAGGACCUGCUGUGGAGGUCGUGCGGGACAACUCGGAGGACACACAGACACCUCGGAGGGAGGACAGACACCUCUGCGGAUGCCUCCGGCUGGCAGGAAGCGCCUGGGGAGGAAAGCCCCUGCGGAGCCUCAGAGAAUGGCAGCCUGUGAUUCGGGCGGAGGAGGCAGCAGAGAGCUGAGUGGGCCAGAGGCUGCUGCUGCGGAAGGAAACAAUCCAGUAGCCGAUAAACAUGGGCGAAAGAGGUCUUCUCCCGGACCGCGUGAGGAAGACGUGGGAAACGAAAUACAGGAGAUGCUGCAAGGACUUGGAGUUGGCAUUAAACAGGCUCUUCUGGCAAAAAGAAAAAUGUUUGAAGCAAAUGCAAAAGCUUCUCUGAAAACCACUAACGAAAAAAUCGAGCAGGGUUGGAAAAUACAACAAGAACAAAGGCAGAAUCUUCAUUUCAAAUAUUCUCAGCAGUUUCUGACUCUGUUAUGGGAGUGGGAUACCGACAUGAGGAAAGCCCAGGAACAGGAAGCAAAACUAGCUGGUAUGUUUCAAGAGCAACAAAAGAUUCUGCAACAAGCUAGAAUUGUUCAGAACCAGAGGCUGGAAAAAUUAAGAAACGUAUACAAAGAAUUCUUAAAGAGAUCACAGGCUUUGGACAAGGACCAUGAACAUUUUCUUACUGAUGAACAAAGUGAAGUCAGGGAAGAAAUCACCAAGUUGCAAAACAAAAUUAUGAGGGAAGCUCAGCAGCAAGAGCUGGCAAUGGUUCGGAAGUCUCUUCAUUCCCUGUUGUUCUGACGACUUUGGAGAACGAAAGAACGGGAAGCUACGUUUUAUUAAGUAUGACAUUAGCUGCACUGAACCACACUGUAGUAGUUUAAAGAUUGUAGUUGAAAUUGGUACGUCUUGUUUAUCAUAGCUUGCUUGCUAAGUGCAAGAAUCUUUUCCUGUUAAAACCCCGACCCUAAAAAGCUGUGUGAGGAGCGGCAGUUCCACAAUUAUAUACGUAUUAAGCUUUCAACCCUUUGUUAGUAAUGAAGACUUUUUGUACUUAACACUGUCAAUUAGCUGUUAGCAGUAAGGAUGAUUUAAUUUUAAGCUUUCCCUCAGUGGAUCUGUAUUAUCCCCAAAAGGCUCAAACCACAAGUACAGAAAGAAGGCUCCUUUGCUUUGCCUAAAGGGAAAAAAUUAAAGAAUAUAAAAUCUG